UGCCGCCGCCCUGCCCUUGGUGGCCCUGGGGCCUCGGUGAACCAGCAGGCCGCGUGCUCCUUGUGGGGCGGGCAGGCUCGGCUGGGCCCUUGUCACCCAGCAGCCCUCCCCCCUCCGCCCCCAUUCCGGGUGGGGGGAUGAGCCAGGGCUGUGAGGCUGAUUCAGGCUGCGGGGCCGGGGCUGCCCUCGUGACGUUCCGGACGCCCGAACCAGGUGGCGUUCGUGACGCGCAGGAACACGUUCCACUGUGGGGUUUGCAGGGUGACCAACAGCAGGUCAGGAGCUUGGGCCAGCGCGUCCUCAAGGUCCUGGAGAGCCGGCAGCCCGAGGGGCCCAGCCUGAGGCACCUCCUCCCUGUCGUGUCCAAGGUCACCAGCCUGGCCCCGGACGCCCUCCGUGAAGAGCAGACCAGGGCGCUCAGCAAGCGGCUGGGGGACUGGCUCCGCUACGCCAGCGUCCAGCAGGCGGUCGCCCACUCCUCCGGGGGCUUCUUCUCCACGCCUAGAGCCCGGCAGCUGGGCCCUGUCACCGAGGUGGACGGGGCAGUGGCCACGGACUUCUUCACUGUGCUGUCCACGGGCCAGCGCUUCACAGAGGACCAGUGGCUGAAUGUGCAGGCCUUCUCCAUGCUGCGGGCCUGGCUGCUGGACAGUGGCCCGGGGGGCUCCAGCGCCCCGGAUGCAGACGACAAGUCGGAGCUGGAAGGCUCCACCCUGUCCAUGCUCUCGGCCACCUCCACCGCCGGACACGUGCUGCCGCCCCAGCAAUGGCUGCGGGAGAAGGCCUUCGAGUACUGCCAGCGCCUGCUGGAGCAGAGUAACCGGCGAGCCCUGAAGAAGGCAGACUCAGACCUGCAGAAAGCAUGUCUGGUGGAGGCUGUGCUGGUGCUGGACGUGCUCUGCCAGCAGGACCCCUCUUUCCUGUACCGCACCCUCUCCUGCCUGAAGUCUCUGCACACGCGCCUGCGCGGGGACCCAGCCUGGGUGCGGGCGCUGCUGCCCGUCGCCCAGUUCUUCCUGCACCACGGGGAGGCCGCCGCAGUGGAUGCGGAAGGCGUCUACCAGCACCUCUUCACCAGGAUCCCCGCUGAACAUUUCCACAGCCCGAUGCUGGCCUUCGAGUUCGUCCAGUUCUGCAGGGAUAGCCUGCCUCUGUUUGGCAGAAACCUUGGCGUUCUCAGGACAAGCUUCCCCAACCUCUUCAAGUUCCUGGCCUGGAACAGCCCGCCCCUCACCUCUGACUUCGUGGCGCUGCUCCCAUCGCUGGUUGACGCAGGGACGGCCGUGGAGAUGCUCCACCUGCUGCUGGACCUGCCCUGUCUGACCGCAGCCUUGGACCUGCAGCUCAGGUCGCUGCAGUCUGCAUCCGAAAGGCCACCCUGGGACGUCUCCAUCAGGGCCCUCGGCUGCCUGGAGGCCCUCCGGGACUCGCAGGUCCAGGGUCUUUUCCAGCACCUGCUGCGUGCCCACGCCAGCGGGACCGUGGAGAGGUUGACGCCGCUCUACCGGCUGCUGCAGCCCCUGGCCGGCUGCGCCCGGGUGGUCCAGUGCGCCGAGGCCGUGCCCACCCUGCUCCGGGCGUUCUUCUCGGCGGUGACACAGUUUGCUGACGGGGCCCUGGCCAGCCAGCUGUCACUGCUGCUCCUGGAACGAAGCGACUCGCUUUACCAGGUCCCGGGGUAUGAAGCCAGUGUGCACAGGUGGGUCCCUCCUGGCGGGCUUCGCCCCUCCUGCGGCUCCAUGGCCCAGCCCUGGACGGGUUCACUGACCCCGCGCUCUCUGCCCCUCACGGCAACGGUUCCCCAGCUGCCACAGACCCCAGCCCAGCUUCGGCACUUCCUCAGCCACUGUACGGACCCUUCCCUGCCCACCCAAGCCCCUCUUCCACGGAGCCUUCCAGAACAUGUGUCCCCCUUGCUGAAGGCCCAGUUUAUGCGGGCUCAUCCCUGCUCCAGCCCAGCCUCCUCCCUGGUGGGGCAAGAGGUUCCUGGCAGGGCUGGGACUACCUUUACCUCCACCUGGUGCUCGGGGGCUUCCCGCCACUGCCCAGCUCUUCUCGGGACGGGCCGCGGGGCUGGGGUCUGCGUGGGGCGAGCACAGCCCACGUGUCCUCUCUGGCAGGGUGCUGAGCUCCCAGUUCCCGGCCUUGUGCAAGCUGCAUCCUCCACUGGUGGUCGAGCAGGCAAAGGAGCUGCUGGAGUUUGUGGGCGGCCCCCGCAGCGGUGGGCACGUGCUCACAUCCGUGGUAAGGCAGCCGCUGUCCCGCCCCAGCCUGCGCCUGACGUGCAGGCCUGUCACAGGGCUGAAGUGCUGUCCCCCACCCAGGUGUGGGCCAUCGGCGAGUACCUGUCGGUGUCCUGGGACCGGCGCUGCACCGUGGAGCAGAUCAACAACUUCUUCGAAGCCCUGGAGGCCCUGCUCUUUGAGGUCACCCAGUCGCGGCCCUCCACCACCCUUCCCAAGUGUCCUCCGCAGGUCAUCACUGUGCUCAUGACCACACUGACCAAGCUGGCCUCUCGGAGCCAAGACCUGAUUCCCAGGGUCUCCCUGCUCCUGUCAAAGAUGAGGACCUUGGCCCAGAGCCCAGCCGCGGGCCCCGUGCCCGGUGAGGAGGGCGCGCGAGCCGCCCACACGCGGGCCACCGAGCUGCUAAACCUGCUGAAAAUGCCCAGCGUGGCCCAGUUUGUGUUCACGCCCAGCGUGGAGGUGUCCGAGCCCCGCUAUCACCGUGACACCAACACGGCCCUGCCCCUGGUCCUGCGUACGGUCAGCCGGCUGGUGGAGAGGGAGGCGGGCCUCCUGCCAGGGUGAAGGGACCAGGUGGAUGCCGGGCAGGGCUGCAGGUUGAGAGCCUGGUAUUACCAGCCAUGGCUUCAGUGGUCAGGGAGGCUGUCACAGUCUCAGCCUUUGGCCUCUGUGUGUCUGUCUUUCUUUCUUUUUCUCUUUUCUCUUAACCCCCUUCUCUCGGGACCACACUGAGCUGUGUAGUGACACAGCACUGAUUCUCGGCUUUAGCUCCUCUUGGGACUGGGUGGAAGCUGCCUGGUCUGUGUCCUGCCGGUCCUUGUUUGUUUGUUUGGGGGCAAGAAGAGAUACUGCGAAAAUAAAUCUUUACAAAAUGGC